CGUGGACAAAGUUUACCAAAAUGGAGUACCAGAAUGAGAAUCGUACCGCUGGACCAGCGAACGGCAAGACGGCUACGGACGAUGAAGACGGUUUCGAUCUCGAUGAUCUUUUGCCGAUCGUCGGCGAGUUUGGUCGUUAUCAAAGGAACUUACUUUGGUUCGUGUGCCUCCCGGCAUGUCUGCCGUGCGGUUUUUGCGCCUUUAAUCAACUCUUCAUGGCGGACACACCACCUCACUGGUGCAAAGUACCGGGGUUGGAGAGCUUGGACAUGUUCCGUAGAAGGAAACUCGCGAUUCCGACCAUUCAGGAUGACAAUGAAACGUACAGUCAAUGCACACGAUACGAUAUCGAUUGGACGACAGAGAACAUUUCUGUUGUGACGACGGCCUCGUACGUACCGAAUGCAUCGUGGCCGGUCAUACCAUGCGAUCAUGGUUGGGAGUACGAAACCUCGGAAGUAGCAUCUUCUAUUGUUAUCGAUUUCGAUUUGGUAUGCGACCACGCGAUUUAUCCGACGAUCGGAUUAGUCGCUUUGAACACGGGAGGACCGAUAGGGGUGUACCUUUUCGGUACCUUGAACGACAGAAUUGGUAGGAGACUGUCUUUCUUCACGUGCCUGGCAACAUUGAUCACCGGCGGAUUCUUAACGUCGAUAUCGAAUAGCUUUUGGACCUGGGCCGCUUGUAGAGUGGUCGUCGGUUUGACCAUUCCAGCCAUUUAUCAGAUACCCUUUAUCAUAUCUUUGGAGCUGGUUGGACCAAAUUAUCGAUCGUUCGUAACGGUGCUGACAUGCAGUUUUUACACAAUGGGUCUGUGUAUGCUGGCCGGUGUGACUUAUCUGAUAAGAGAUUGGAGAACGUUGGCUCUAACUACGAGUGCCCCUUUUCUUUUAUAUUCUGUGUACUGGUGGUUUCUGCCAGAGUCACCGAGGUGGUUACUGGCUAAAGGUCGAUUGAGGGAGGCGAACGAUAUUCUGGAGAGAUUGGCGAAGGUGAAUGGUAAAGAACUACCAGCAUCUUUCACCCAAAAGCUGCGACAACGAAUGACAAUGUCACGGUCCAAAAGUGAAGAGGAGCGAUUACGCAGCGGUCCCGGUGUUCUGUCCUUGUUCAAAACACCCAACAUGCGUUUGAAAACGUGUCUGAUUACACUGAACUGGUUCGCCAAUAACAUGGUAUACGUCGGUCUGUCGUACUACGGACCUGCGUUGGGUAAUGAGGAACACUUGAGCUUUUUUUUCUCAUCUUUUGCUGAAAUUCCAAGUUACAUGGCAUGUUGGGUCGUGAUGGAUCGAUGGGGUCGUCGUUGGCCCCUUUGCCUGUGCAUGGUAGUCGCGGGUAUCUCGUGCAUUGCUACAGUCCUUCUCUCAUCGGAUGCAGUAGUGGCCACACUAAUUCUAUUUCUCUUAUCAAAAUCCGCGAUAUCGGCCUCCUUUCUAAUAAUAUAUCCGUUCGCCGGUGAACUUUACCCCACGCAACUGCGCGGCGUAGCCAUUGGUUUUUCUGCUUACAUCAGUGGUCUCGGACUUAUCAUCAUUCCUUUUGUUACUUAUCUCGGUAAAGAGAAUUUAGUACUGCCCCUCGUUAUUCUCGGAUGCGUGUCCGUAAUCGGUGGAUUGUCUGGCUUACGUUUACCCGAGACGCUGCAUCAUCGAUUACCACAGACCGUUGAGGAGGGGGAGCUAUUUGGGAAGGAUUGGACUUGUGCCGAUUGCUUUCGUUGCGUUCCGAUUAAACCUUCGUCAGCUGCGGGUUCGUACGAGGAUCUAUCGGCUAGGGAGACGGUAGAGAUGCACGAAGUACCAGAGGCACCGAUUCCUGCAAGGCUGCUGGAGGACCAACAGAGGCCGACCAGCGGGAGCGUGCGUCGACUGGUCCGUCAGUCCAGCGUGAUGGACACUCAACGGGAUUCUGACGGAUCCAUCAAAAUGACUUACUGGUUUUAGAUUUGAAUCGAGCAUUGAGCAUCGAAAUAAAAUCAAAAUUAUCGAAACUUC